AUGCACUUGACCUGUCACAGUGAGCAGGAAGAUGCACUGUAUGAUGUGUUGAUUGAGCAUUUAGCACAGGAGUUCACAGAUGAAGAUGAUGAAACUCAAAAGGAGCUUCAGGAAAAGAGGUUUUUGGAAGAAUUUCCUGUGUUGAAAAGGAAACUUGAAGGACACAUCAGGAAGCUCCGAGACCUUGCUGACCGUAUUGACCAGGUGCACAGGGACUGCACCAUCUCCAGUGUGGUUUCCAGCUCAACUGGCAUUUUCUCUUUUUUUGGAUUUGCUCUGGCCCCCUUCACAGGAGGGGCCAGUAUGCUGCUCUCAGGAAGUGCAGCGGGGCUGGGGGUAGCAGCAGCUGUGACUACUGUCACCACCUCUGCUCUGGAACAGUCUAACAUAGAGUCGUAUGAGGAUAAAGUCAACCAGGUGGCUAAAGCUAGCAUGGACUUGCUGGCACUUGUAGUUUAUACUGUGCUACCAGAUUGGACAGAGUACUCAACGCUGCAAGACUACUCAAUGCUGCAAGAGGACUCAGUGCUGCAGGAGGACUCAGGGCUGCAGGAGGACUCAGGGCUGCAAGAGGACUCAGGGCUGCAGAAGGACUCAGGGCUGCAGGAGGACUCAGACUCAGGGCUGCAAGAGGACUCAGUGCUGCAGGAGGAGGACUCAGGGCUGCAGGAGGACUCAGGGCUACGAGAGGACUCAGAGCUGCAGGAGGACUCAGUGCUGCAAGAGGACUCAGGGCUGCAAGAGGCCUCAGCACUGCAGGAGGAGGACUCAGUGCUGCAGGAGGAGGACUCAGUGCUGCAGGAGGACUCAGGGCUACGAGAGGACUCAGCACUGCAGGAGGAGGACUCAGUGCUGCAGGAGGAGGACUCAGUGCUGCAAGAGGACUCAGGGCUACGAGAGGACUCAGCACUGCAGGAGGAGGACUCAGUGCUGCAGGAGGAGGACUCAGUGCUGCAAGAGGACUCAGUGCUGCAAGAGGACUCAGUGCUGCAAGAGGACUCAGUGCUGCAAGAGGACUCAGUGCUGCAAGAGGACUCAGCGCUGCAAGAGGACUCAGGGCUGCAGGAGGACUCAGGGCUGCAGAAGGACUCAGGGCUGCAAGAGGACUCAGUGCUGCAGGAGGCCUCAGGGCUGCAGGAGGACUCAGUGCUGCAAGAGGACUCAGUGCUGCAAGAGGACUCAGGGCUGCAGGAGGACUCAGGGCUGCAAGAGGACUCAGCGCUGCAAGAGGACUCAGGGCUACAAGAGGACUCAGAGCUGCAGGAGGACUCAGCACUGCAGGAGGACUCAGCGCUGCAAGAGGACUCAGUGCUGCAAGAGGACUCAGGGCUGCAGGAGGACUCAGGGCUACAAGAGGACUCAGGGCUGCAAGAGGACUCAGUGCUGCAAGAGGACUCAGUGCUGCAAGAGGACUCAGGGCUGCAAGAGGACUCAGCAUUGCAAGAGAACUUAACAUUGCAAGAGGAUUCAGAUUUGCCAGAGUAGGCCUUACUAGUUUAAUG